CCAAAAAAUUAUGACUCAACCAUUCCAAACACAUAAAUAUCAAUAAAAUAAGUCCCCAUCACUGUUGUGAAGUCACAUCAACCCUUGGAUCUAGUCUUGUACAUUCUGCUUAUUUUGCACAUAAACUCACAUCAACCCUUGGAUCUAGUCUUGUACAUUCUGCUUAUUUUGCACAUAAACUCAUCUUCUUGUCACCAUUUUUCACCCUUGAAUUUUCAAGUCAACUCAUCCAAUCCUAUCCUUACACCAUAGAACUUUACAUAUGUACUUAUAUAAAUUACACAUACACGACCAAAUUUAUACUAAGCAACGACCAUUUUCAGCAUAGAAUAAAUGGCGACCCUAUCUCAAAUCUUGGCUCAUCUUUACACCGCCGCCAUAGUUUUCUUCUCCCUUCUAUUUCUUGAACUAGUUAUUCUUGUACGCGCUGUGGUCGGGACCAUUCCCGGCUCCAAGAACCGCCCCAUCACCACCACUCAAUACCUUAAACUCGUCGAAAGAAAAAACCCGGCCUGUCGGUACAAAACCGGAUUAAGGAUGGAAUCACUGGAGUGUGCAGUUUGUCUGUCCGUGUAUGAAGAAGGGGACGAGAUAAGGAAAUUAAGGAAGUGCAACCACACAUUCCACAAGGACUGUGUUGACACGUGGCUGCAGCAAGAUCUGGCCACGUGUCCACUUUGCCGGAGCAUGGUGUUGCCGGAAGAAGUGGUGGUGAAGCACCGGCGGCACCGGAAUCACCAAGAGUUCGACGGAAGUGAUGAGGAGCUUAUUUUCUUGUUAUCUGCAUUACAUGGUAGUUAUAUACGUAGAUUUUUGUAACACCGAUGAGUGAAGGUUUGUUUAUCCAUUUUUUAUUAUUAUUAUUAUUUUCUCAAUGGUGCUUUGUAUAUGUGUGUGGAUAUGUUAUAGUCAUACUUGUAGCA